AUGUCUGGCCUGGAUGCGAUCAUCAAUCGCAAGGCUCCGAGUCCAUGGGAGCUGUUCAAGUCGAAUCCUAGCUUUUACCUGGCUUCCAAGCUAUAUAACCGUCUCGGUAGACAACCGCCACAUCGUUCGUUUUCUCCCGUCCGCACCAUAUGCAUCUCAGACACCCACAACACCGAUAUAUCUUCCCUGGUUCCACCCGGUGAUAUACUCAUUCACUCAGGUGACCUUACCCAUUCCGGCACUCCUCGUGAGCUCCAGGACGCUUUCGACUGGCUAGUCUCCCUUCCACAUGAGCACAAAAUCGUCAUAGCCGGUAACCACGAUACGUACCUUCAAUCAGACGAGGGCCGUUUAUGGGCCCACUCAUGGCGAGAGCAUGGCAUCAUUUAUCUGGAGGAUGAGGCUCACACUAUUCAAGUGCGCGAUCGCGCGUUCAAAAUCUUUGGCAGCCCAUGCACUCCGCAGCAUGACAAUGGCGCCUUCCAAUACCCGCGUACGGGUACCACUGACAGCCCGGGCCGUUGGUCUAUCAUUCCCGACGACACCGAUAUUCUCAUUACUCACGGUCCUCCGUACGGUCAUCUCGACCUCUCUGGACUUGGUUGCAAAGCCCUACUUGCACGUACGUGGGAAAUCUGUAGGACACACCCACCAUUGCUUCACGUGUUUGGACACAUUCAUGGAGGUCGUGGAAUUGAGAAUAUUCCCUGGAACUCUGCGCAGUCAAUUUGGGAGGAUAUUGUGCGCAAGAAAGGGGGUUGGCUUUACACCGUGCGUACGGUUGCCGUCAAUGCUUCUGUGGUAGGAGGUCCACGAGACCGUGAUGUACGGCCUCCCGUAGUCGUUGAUAUAUAA